AUCAAGGGAAAGGGUAAACAGAUAAAACAUGUAGUACUCGUAACUGGCUCAUUGGUGGCUUAAUGUUUGCGGAGCCAUGUAUGUGUAAACACAGUUAUUAAAUUAAACUCACAGUGGGCAUAGAAUGUAUGCAUAUGCCAUCCCUGGUGAUUUUGGGUUAAAUUGAGAGGUUUCAAGUUAUGCAGACUUUGCUAUUUGAAGAACUGCUCAUUUGAAGUUGCACAGAGUUUGGGAUUUGAUGAACUAAUUUUUCAGUCUGAAAUGGAAUUUUGACUCAAAUCAGACUUUCAACCAGAAUUGGACAUAUAGCUCAAAUCAGAAUUAAAAUGAGAGCUUUCCUGAAAUGAAAUUUCAGUUCAAAUGAAAAUUAAUCAGACAAAGUUAGAGCCUUUGACCCACAUCAGACUUAAAGUGAGGUUUGUAAGUUCCAUGGAGGGAAUUGAGAAAUUAAAAAUCAUUUUUUGAAAAUGCCAUGGAAAAAUCCAAAGAAAAGAGCUUUAAGGCAAAGUAAGAGAAGAGCAAAAAAGAAACCAGAAUAGGCACAGGCUAGGAGGUGAGCAGAUGCUGUAAGCCACAGAAGAUCAAGUUUCUGAAACACCAGAAGAGGCACAAGCCAGGAGAGAAGGAAACACUGCCAGACAAAGGAGCAAGAGCAUGUCAGACAUCAGAGCAAGGAGAGAGGCAAAUGCAGCAAGGAAGAGGUCAAGAGCCGCAGAGGAUGAUAGUCAGACUUCACUAAGGAGAGACACAGAUGCUGCAAACCACAGAAGAGCAAGACCUUUGGAAACACCUGAUGAAUGACAUGCCAGACAGCCAUUAAUGGAAACCAGAGAGUGCAUGAUUCAUACUGCUGUCAUGGAGAAUGUGCAUGACGUAGAAUCACAUAGUGAUGGUACAAUAGAUUUCAUUGACAUCAAGGAAGAAAACCUUGAAGAAGACAUCAGUGAUGUCCAGGGAGUUAAAGAAGAGAUUGCUGUUGAUGUAAAUGAGGAGAAUGACGAAUCAGAUGCUUUGGAAGACACUCUUGUUGAGUCUAAUGAACCAAAUGCUAUUUUCAUAAAGACUGAGGAGGGGGUGACUAGAAAACACCAAAGUCCUUUGUGGAAGGCUGUAAGGAAUCCUGGCGAGGAAGAGGAGGAGGAGGACUCAGAGGUUUUGAUGUGUGAGGAGGAAAGAGACCCUCUGUUUUCAGUGAAAGUUAUUGCUUGGGAUUGUGAAAAAACAUGCUCCUCGAAUGGUAAUCAGGCAACAAUCAAGGAAAAUAAAGAAGUUGCUGAUGAAGGGAAACGUUUUGGUUGCGAAGUUUGUGGCAAGAAGUUUAUGUACAAGAGCUGGCUGCUGGAUCACACAAGAGGACACACAAAAGAGAAGCCCUUUAGCUGCAAUGUGUGUGGCAAGUCAUUCACCUGGAAAACGGAUCUGAUGAAACACACAAGGACACAUACAAAAGAGAAACCAUAUAUUUGCCAGACAUGUAACAAAAGCUUCUCUGAGAAAGGUACUCUAAUGUGUCACAUCAGAGUCCAUACAAAGGAGAGGCCUUAUCGUUGUGAGAUAUGUAAUAAAGAUUUUUCCAAUAGAGGUAAUCUAGUGCAACACACCAGAGUACACACACAGGAGAAGCCUCACGGCUGUGAAGUAUGCAGUAAGGCAUUCUCAGUGAAAAGUAAGCUUCUGAUACACAUGAGGGUACAUACAAAGGAAAAACCAUAUUGUUGUGAGGUAUGUAAGAAAGCCUUUGCUGUGAAAUAUAAUCUAGUGCAGCACAUCAGAGUACAUACUCAAGACAAGCCGUUUCACUGCGAGGAUUGUAGUAAAUCAUUCGCAUGUAAGCGCUAUUUAGUGAAACAUAUGAGAUUACAUACUUAGAAGUGUAGCUCUCCACCGGUAGCAGGCAUAAGGGUGUGGGUGUUGGUAACUAACUCGCUCACAUACUAACAAACAAAUGCACAUGCACACACUGACGCAUACGAUCACACUCAAAUAAGUGCACACGCUCACACACACACAUGCGCGCGCGCACGCACACACACACACACACACACACACACACACACACACACACACACACACACACACACACACACACACACACACACACACACACACAC